UUGAUGCUGGUUAUGAAAUUGCAGAAAUUGCCAAGUAUUUCUUCUGAAGAAUUUUUAAAUGAAUGAAUAUGAAUCAAAUGAAUAUGUAGGCCAAGACCCACACCUUGGCUCUGGAUACACAGGAGACAACAUCUACUAUAAUACUGAUUUUGCAAUGAGAUACUGGAGAGAUCAGGGCGCUCCUUUGGAGAAGCUGAGGAUGGGCUUUGCAACAUAUGGAAGAACAUUUCGCCUGUCUGCACUGUCUGGAGCCAGUGGAGCUGCAGCUCCAGCCAAUGGUUCUGGAUCAGCUGGAAAAUACACCAGAGAGGCCGGAUUCUGGUCCUAUUAUGAGGUCUGUACUUUUCUUCAAGGAACCUCUGUGAAAUGGAUUGAUGAUCAGAAAGUUCCUUAUGCAACAAAAGGGCUUGAAUGGGUGGGAUUUGACAACAAGGAAAGCUUUGAGACUAAGGUGAACUACCUAAAAGAGAACAGGUUUGGAGGAGCUUUCGUCUGGGCUCUGGAUCUUGAUGACUUUACAGGACAGUUCUGUGCGCAGGGCAAAGACCCUCUCAUUAAACAUCUCAGCACACUUCUUAAUAUAGAUUUCUCACCGGUCUCUCCAAAUCCAACACAUGAGCCUAAAGAGACCACAGCAUCCAAUGCUGUUUCCUCAGAGUUCUGUGUGGGCAAACUGGACGGGUUAUACGUAAACCCAGAGGACCCUACGACCUUCAUUCAGUGCUCUAAUGGUGGGACCUAUGUGAUGAAUUGCCCUGAUGGGACUGUCUACAAUCCUGGCUGCUUGUGCUGUGACUGGCCUAAGAAUUAAUCAGCGUUCAAUUUUGCCAGUAUUUUUUUUUUUUUUUUUUUUUUUUUUUACUGUUUGAGGCAAGCAGUGGCGAAAACAUUUUUCACUUUACUUUUAAGUAUUGUGUUCAUUUCUUCAAAUUUAACAGACACCCAAUGAUUUAAUACUUUGUCUGAAUAAAACUAAU